AUGAGUGAGCAAAUCCCAUUGCAGCCAGGAAUGAAGGCACCUGAUUUCACAAUGCAGUCAUUAGGUCCAGAUAUGGACUUCCAUACAGUCAAGCUCUCUGAUUACAAAGGAAAAUGGCUUGUUUUAUUCUCAUAUCCAUUAGAUUUUACCUUUGUUUGUCCAACUGAGCUUGUUGAGUUGAACAAUAACUUCGAUAAGUUCAACAAGCUCAAAUGCUCUAUUAUUGGCUUUUCGACAGAUUCUGUCUACGUACACAAUGCAUGGGCAAUGACAGAUCGUAAAGAUGGCGGAAUUGGAAUGCUUAAGUAUCCUCUUGCAUCAGAUUUGACCCAUGCAGUUGCUGAAAAAUACGGUUUUUAUCUUGAAGAUGAAUGCCAUUGCCUAAGAGGUACAGCUUUGAUUAACCCCGAUGGAAUUGUUCUGCAUAUAACUAAAAACCAUCCAGAUGUUGGCCGCAAUAUCCAAGAUAUGCUUGAAAUCAUUGAUGCAGCUCAAAAACUUUCAGAAAAACAAGUUAACUGUACAUCUCUUCAGACGCAAAAUGCAGAACCUCUCCCUUCGAAGGAUAGAGAGCUUUCAAAAGUUGAAAAUGCAGAUAAGGGCGCAAAGUCUACAUGCUGCAGCUUAUUGUAA